GAGACGCUUCUCCUUCCUGCCUUCCUUUCCCUCCCGCUGUCGGUGGCGGUGGCUGUGGGUUCGCUCUUGUCCGGUCUCGCCUCCCCGCCGUCUCUGUCCCCACCCCAGCCGCUCCGUCCCACGGGCGUGACUGAUCGGACGGAUUGCUGGUGGAGAUGACUCGGUCAAAGAGGAUUGGCAAUCAUAACAGCGACAAAAAGAAAAAUGUGUCAAAGCUGUGGAAGACGAAAAGGCGAACAAAAGACUUAGAUCAGAUCCAUGAUGAUAUGAAACCUGAAAAUGCCAGCAAGUUACUGCACCAGGAAGUAGAUUGUGACGUCACUGGAAAUGCACAGUUUUAUUGCUUGCACUGUGCGCGAUACUUUAUUGAUCAGAGGACUCUGAAAGAACAUUUUAAGACAAAAGUUCACAAACGAAGGCUAAAGCAAUUGAGUGAAGAGCCAUAUACCCAGGAUGAAGCAGAACGAGCAGCAGGAAUGGGCUCCUACGUACCAGCAAAGAAAAUCAAAGUCGAGACACAGGCUGUAGAGGAGGAUAUGAACAUAUAAUAAUUCACGGAUUUAACCUUUCAAUGAGAUAUGUUUUGAACUACUUCCAAAGACUAACUGUUGAUUUAGCUGACCUUUGUAUUGUUAAAAUUGUAAUACAAGUUCAAUUGUCAUUCAGUCAUACAUGAAAACCCAUGAUUCCAGCCAAAUGAAACAGUGUUACUCUGGGGCCCAGGUGCAAAACACAGUACCAACAGUCAUACACAGCACAUAUGAAAGCAAGCACAUAUAAGAGAUCAGUAAAAUACAGUCACACUAAAAAAUACAGUCCAAGUCCCUGUGUCCAUGAAUGUUGCAGCAGUCUGCAGUCGAACACAAUAUUGCUUGUCUUCCGCUGAGCAAACACUGGGGGGCAGCACUGACUCCAACGCCUCUCUCCUUGUGCGGCUUGAGGCUUUGUCCUCACUACAACCAAGACCACGCAGCUCCCCCACCACCAAUAAAUCAGCGAAUCAGACUUGCAGCAUUCAGCAUUAACAAUAUCCAACAGGGUCUUAUGAUCGCAAGAAAAGCGACUAAGACGAUCGCUCGCUGUUAGGGUGCACACUGACUCCUCUGAACCCUCUCCGAUGCAGGCAGCAGGGCGAGCCGCACUAAGACCAGCUCCUUCACUUUCUCUGCUAACAAGCAACUCGCUGAUGGGGUAGUCCUGCAGUACUCUAAAUUCUUAAUGUCCAGCAGGGUCUUGCAAUCAUAACAAAUACAUUUAAAAAAGACAAUAGCCCCUUUGGUUGGCCCUCUAGAAGCCACUGCGACCAAAUGCGACACCAUCUUAUUGGAAAAAAUAGACCCAAAGCCAGUAGCUUGAAGUUAGGCUGUCUUGCUUCAUCUGCUGGCUGUGGUAUCUCUUGUGUUAACUGAUUAACUCCAGUCUACAUUAUUUUGGUGAUCAAGAUCCAUGCUUGAUUGCAUUUGCACUGCCAGAUAUCAACUAAUAGCGGAAGAUAGGAGUUCAGCUCUUGGGUCUGCACGACAGCCAGCUAGGAAGGAGAUAGAAGGAAAUUACUAUUUCAUACCGACUCAGUUAUAGUGUAUCGUGAUAUUUGAAUGAUGCUAGGAUAGAAGUGUAAAGGCAAGCAUGAGGAAUUUUAAAGGAUGUAUGUUUGCAGAGUAACAACUGUGGGCAGUACAGUGAUGAGACAGCAGACUAGAAUCUGGACAAGCAAAAAAAAAAUCGGGGAAUGUGUGGAAUUGAGCAGCAUCUGUACAGGGGGUGGGGAGGUGGGGAAUUGUUUGUCCCUUGGGUCAACACCCUGCAUCAGGUUCAUGGAAAACAUGAACAAAUGAAGACUGUUUAGAGCAGGGGCUUACAAUCUCGGGUCCACGGACCCCUCGGUUGAUGGAGACAACAAACUGAAGAUUGUAAUAUAUAGGAGCAGGGCUAGGCCAUUUGGCCCAUCAAGUCUGCUCCAGCAUUUCAUCAUGGCCGAUCCUUUUCCCUCUCAGCCCCAAUCUCCUGCCAUCUCCCCGUAUCCGUUCUUGCCCCGACUAAUCAAGGAUCUUAUCAACCUCAGCCUUAAAUAUACCCCAAUGCCUUGGCCUUCACAGCCAUCUGUGGUAACCAAUUCCACAGAUUCACCACUCUUUGGCUAAAGAAAUUCCUCCUUGUCUCUGUUCUAAAUGGACAUCCUCUCCACAUCCACUCUAUCGAGGCCUUUCAUGGUUGAAGACACUUAAUGGGGGUGGGGGGGGGAGGAAGAGGAGGAUAAAAUUCAAUGAGCUGGAGAUACCUGACCCAGGAGACUGAAAGCAAAGAGCUGAGAACGGAGACCCUCCGAUGAAGGCCAACGAGGUUCACCGGGCCAUGCCUUUAUUCAUUGGAACUUUGGAGAAUGGGGCGGGGGGGCAGUGCAACCCUAUAGAAAUGUUUGAAAUUAUGAGUGUAGGAUAGGAACAAUCCUCCCUGGGGUAGAGGAGUUUAAUUUGGGUUGAGAGGGGAAACUUUCUCUCAGUAUGUGGAAUGAUCUGGGAGAUUGCUGGGCGGCGUGGUUAGAAGGGCCUGGGAAGGGUCUCGGCCUGAAACGUCGACUGCACCUCUUCCUACAGAUGCUGCCUGGCCUGCUGCGUUCACCAGCAACUUUGAUGUGUGUUGCUUGAAUUUCCAGCAUCUGCAGAAUUCCUGUUGUUUACUGUAGUCAGAAUCAGGUUUAAUAUCACCAGCAUAUGCGUGAAAUUUGUUUACUUUCCAGAAGCAGUACAAUGCAAUACAUAAUUAAAAAACCAUGAAUUACAGUAAAUAUAUGUAAAUAGUUAAGUAGUGCAAAAAAAAGGAAAUAAAAAAGUGAGGUAGUGUUCGUGGGUUCAGUGUCCAUUCAGAGUGGAAGAAGCUGUUUCUGAAUCGAGUGUGUGCUUUCAUGUUCCUGUACCUCCUCCCUGAUGGUAGCAGUGAGAAGAGGCUUAGACUUGGAUUGUAUUUGUGCUAUGACCAUAAAUGAGUUAAUUGUCGUUUUUUCAGAA